AUGUCCUGCAGGAAAUCACGGGCAGUCUGCGAGCAGGAGACUUUCGACAUCCCUCGAGGCGUCGAUGUGGACGAGUGGCUUCGUGCCCGGGAGCGCAAGGCCAUCAACGAGAUUAUUUACGCAGACAUCCCCUCGGCGGAGACAAUUACACAAGUCAAGAACGUCGACACGCUUGUAGCCGACGACAGAGACCUCUUGGCUGUGGCGCUGGGCGCACCAGCCCGCCAAGUCAUCCUCCGAGCCGAGGGAAUCGGGCAUCAAACCGGGUGGAAGGACGGUUACCUCAGCGCCGAGUACGGCUUCCAGCCUCCCGACUCCAACGAGGCCGCCGGUGCUCUCGCCAACAGUCCGGGACGGGUUUGGUCCGACCUCUGCGAGCGCAUGCCCGGUUGCGUUUCCAGAGGACGCGUCCGCGAGUCCGUCGCCGCGCUGCCUCUCGUCGAAGGAACGGAGGACAACAUUCCCGACCAGGCAUUGUGGGCAGCCAUUGUUGCCCUGGGCAUGCUGUGCUCCAUCUACCGGUACGAAGACAAGAAUGACGGAUACGACGGGGUCAGCAUCAACUCCAUUUCAACAAAGCCCCGCGUUGAGAUGAGCGACGACCUGGGGCCUGAGCUGGUUGGGAUCCCGAGGACGAUUGGACUUCCGUACUGGCAGGUUUCGAGACGCAUGGGACGCGCCAUCCCGCACUUGACGUUCUUCGACCAGGCCUCGUACAAUAUCAAAGUGCGGGAUCCGACUUCGAUCUACCCUUACAUCGGCCGCUUCGAUAAUACAGACUUGCGAUGGCCCAUGUUUGGAGAGCGGACCGAGAUUGCCUUUUUGAAAGGAUGCGCUGACACGUCGGCAUCCUUCCAGCAUGGGCCUGAUGCCAUCGCAGCCUGCCAGGAACACGUCAUGAACCGAAACAACGAAGGCCUCUUGCGAGAGAUGAUCAGACUCAAGGAGAUCCUCGAACGAAUGCCGAACGCCUUUCACUCCAUCUCGACCAACCCGAACUCGGGCGACAACUACGUGUCUGCCGCCGAGUGGGUGCGAUGGGGCAAGUUCUCCGCGCCCCUAUCCAAGAGAUGUCCGGCCGCUUCGGGCCUCCAGUUUCCCCCUUACCUCCUCAUGGACGCCUUCCUCGGUCGCAAGAAGUACGAUUCAUUUCUGGGAAACGAAGGCCUGCACCUGAGAGCCUGGCUUCCCUCCAACCUGCGAGCGUUCAUCGCCUCUGUCGAGUACCAUUACCGCAUCCCCGAAUACGUCAAACAGUCUGGGGAUCCCCGUCUCAUGGGCGUGUUGGACGGCAUCAUCGAAGCUUACACGGGCGAACGUGGGUUCAUGGGAACGCAUCGGUACAAAGUAUUUGGUAUCCUGGAGGUAGCGUCCAAGACAGGCCGCACGGAGACGAACGGCGCGUCGGGUGCCUCUGACGACUCGGGAAGACCAUGGGAGGAGGUCCAUCGCCAGUUCUCGGAUGCCAUGAAGGAACGCUUGGAGCCAUACCGCGGGAACAUCCCCGUCGAACCCCACGAGAUGCGCGGGACGUUCGAGGAGUGCCGCUACAAGUCACGCAUCCUCACCCGUUCCUUUGUCGACUCAGACCACGAGCGGUCCAUCGCCAUGGUCACCCUCGACCUGCACAACACGGGCAUCACCUUCCAGCCGGGUGACCGCCUCGCUAUCAUGCCCCUCAACAGCUGGGAGGAGUGCGCCAAGGUCGCCGCGGCUCUCGGCCUCGACUCGAUGCUCGACGCGCCUGUCCUCCUCGACCGCAAGUGGUCCCGUUUCGCCGAGCAUCUCGAUACCGUCUCGAACCAUGGAGUCGCCAGUCCUGCAUCGCAAGUGAAGAAGUUGAUGGUCAAGGACAUUCUGCGUCGGGGCCACCUUGCCCCCUUGACCCAAGAACUCGUCCUCAAGAUCCAUGCCAUGCUGAGGGCGUCAUCCAACACCGUCCUCCAAGUGCUGGCAACAGACGAAUGGCCAGUCCGUGGCUCCCUCGGUGACCUCCUCCAAGCCGCCGUGAUGGAUACACCGACGCACAUCUGGGAUCAAGCGUUCGACCUCUCCAACGACAUCCCCUGGCUGAGCGAUCUCAUCCCCGUCGAAGUGCCCAGGACAUACUCCAUCUCCAACUAUCCCGAGGAACUCCUCCCCAGCACCCUGGACCUCACCAUCUCCCGCGCAGAAUACAACCUCUGCGCCACCUUUGCCGGAAAGUCCACCAUCACCCGCUCCGGCGUCAGCAGUGGCUACCUCAACCCUGCUGUCGGCUCACCGGACGACUUUGUGUCUGACGAGGACGAGCUCUUGGUCGGCAUCUCGCGCCCCAUCGCCUUCCAACUUCCCCUCGACGCCUCCGCGCCGUGUGCCUUCUUCGCCGGCGGCAGCGGCAUCGCGCCGUUCCGAAGCUUCUGGCAGGCCCGCUGCGGCCGCUCCGUCGGACGCAACAUGCUCUUCCUCGGCGUGCAGAACCGCGAAAAGUUCUGCUACGAGGACGAGCUGCGGCAGUACGUCAACGCCGGCUUCAUGGAGGUCCACCUCGCCUUCUCCCGCGACAGCCGCGGCCUGGCGUACGACCCCUACAUGCGGGACCUGGUCGAGCGCCGCACCGAGCCGCGGUACAUUGACUCGCUCAUCGCGGAGCAGGGCGCCAGCGUGUGUGAUCUGGUCAUGUCCAAGAAGCAGGGCGGGCUGGGCGGAUACCUGUACAUCUGUGGCUCGGUGGCCGUCUUCGACUCCGUUAUGAGCGGUCUGCGCAAGGCCAUCUACAACCACCGCACGGCGACGAUGGAGUCGACGGACCUCAUCAUCAAUACGGCCUUCGCCGAGCGCCGGAUCAUGCUGGACGUCUUCAUGACGCCCAAGCCGCUGCCCUGCAACCGUCCCACGAUCCCGCUCUCCCAGCUGGCCUCCCACACCGGCCACCGGCCCGGGGGACGGAUGUGGAUCAGCGUCCACGGGUCCGUCUACGACGUGACGGACUUCUGCCCGAUGCACCCCGGCGGCACACUGAUUAUCAAAUCGAACGCCGGCGUGGACUGCACCAAGUCGUUUGACAACCUGGCGCACACCAACAACCCCGAAGUCGCCAGCCUGCUCACCAAGUACUUUGUGGGCCAUCUGACGCCCAAGCCGGAGUACCACGACGCCGAGGAGCUCAGCGGCCUCUAUGACAUGUGGUCCGCCUACCUCCGCACGACCGUCGAGACGCUCGUCUCCCAGCAGUUCGAGAUGGACGACAUCCUCGGCUCCUCGAAGCUCUGGUUCCAGGGCAGCCUCAUCAACAUGCUUGGCGUGCGCAUCUUCUACCAGUACCAAUCCCGCCUCCUCCAGGGUGGCUUCUCGGCGCUCUUCGGCCCCAAGUUCCAGGAACUCGUGCUGAAGCUCUCCUUCGCCAUGGCCAACAACGCCGCGUCCCCAGGCGCAGACACCAAGCUCCCCGACAUCCUCGGCAUCAUCGCCCGCGCCAAGACGUCGUCCGACGCCGUCGCCACGUCCAAGGAGGUCUCCCGCAUCGGGCAGUUCAUCUGCGACUCGGAGCCCGCGCGCUUCAUGGAGCGCGGCAUCAUGGACUACGCCAACAAGUCCGUGCAGCUCGACAUUGAGCUGCUCGAGGACAUUCGCGAGGAGGCGUGCCACGGCAUGGACGCCUUCGACACCAUCAUGAACCUCGACGCCGCGUCGGACGCCCAGCGCGUCACCGCCCUCUGCCAGUUCCUCAUGCAAAUCCUCGAGCGCAUGGCGAAGCGGCUCGAGGUGUUCUACUCCAAGCUGGCGCAGUGCUCCAUCUACCAGCCCGAGAUCGAGCGCAACCCAGCGCGCACGCGGUGGAACCUCGUCCGGCGGCGCAUCCGCGACGGGUCCUUUUUCGUCUUGUCCCAGAACGCCGUCGUCGGCGCCGCGCCGGGGUACAAGCCUGUCCAGGAGACGGUCGAGUUCGACAACGUCCUCUCGCAGAUCCAGCAGACGAUCCGCAACGCGCCGCAGGUGGCCGCACCCCUACCGCCGACGACGCAGACGAUGCAGCUCAACGAGCGGCACAGGGUGCGCACCGAAGCCCCCGUCAACGGCGCGUCGGCGUUCGAGUCGCACCAGAAUAGCAACGCGCUGAACCGCAUGUCGACCUUCAUCGACAAGAACAUGCGCGCGAUCCGGAGACUGAGUAAAAUGCCGCCGAUGCCGCUCAACAUGUCCUUCGAGCAGGUGGUCGCCGCGAACCAGCCGCAGUUCCCCUCGCACGGCGUGACCACCCCGCCGUCGAGCCGCGGCUCGAGCCGGUCGCCUACGAGGGGACGGGCUCCGGGCCCCGCGAACGCGCUGCACAUCCAAGGCUUCCCUCACGGGCGCGCGCCGUCGCGGGCCGAGGAGUCGAUGGCCCGGAUCCCGCUGAACCGACGCGGCACGAACGGGUCCGACGGCGGGCGGUCCAUCUCCUCGCUGUCGUCGCAGCAGCACCAUCAUCACCAGAUGAUGAUGAUGCACCACGGGAUCCCGACGCCGAUCGCGACGCCCCCUCCGCCGCUGGACCCGAACACGGCGAUACAGAGCAUGGUGAGCCGGCUGAAUCUCAAGUCGCGGAGCGUGGCGGGGUCGCAGCCCGCGUCGCCGGCCUUGUCGCUGGACGAGAAGGGGCGGAUGACGCGGUUAUCGGCGGGGUCGAUGCACAACCCGCGUGCGAGGUCGACGAGCACGUUGAGGACGUUCAAGUUGGUUGCGAACCAGGAGCAGGCGAGGAUUGCGCCGACUUUUUGA